AUGAUGUUCGACAAUUUGAUAAUACCAUCGAUGACCAUCGGCGGCUAUAAUCGACGUUUAUCAAUUGUGAUCAUUGUACUUGCGUCAUUGGCCGUCCUACUUGUUGUCACAUCAGUCGCUGCUUUUAUUUAUGUUACACGAAAAGAAAAAGUUCUUCGAAAAUCUCAUUUGAUAUCUGUUAUCAUUAUAAUACUUGUCGAGCUCGCAUUUUUAAUUGCUGUUGUUAGUUGCUGUAGUAUUCAAUCAAAAAACGUUCAUGGUCAAAUUUUAGCUGUUCUACUUAUUGUUGUUUCUUUUCUUGCUCUUAUGGCACUCAUCUAUUUUUUACUCGAAGAUUUACUCAAAGAACGAAUUCAUCCAUAUCCAACCGAUACAAAUUCUUCCAAAUCAUUCACAGUACAAGAAAUCAAAACAUUUAGUCGACAUGAAUCUCCCAUACCACCACCUCCAUCUCCGCCGCAAUCACAAGCACCAGCACCAGCACCAGCACAAACAACAGCACCAGCGAAAACACCAACACCAGCACCAGCACCAGCACCUGUGGGUGAUAUAGCAAUACUUAUCUCUACACCACCUAUACUCCCAUCGCUUCCUCGAAUACCAACUCCACCAUCACCCCAUUUACCUCCUCCUCCAAUAGAGAAACCUGCAAGCCCUGCAGUACCCGAACGAAUUCUAACUCCACCAUUAGAAAAACCGGUAACACCAUUGCCGCCAAAACCUGCGAUUCCACAAGUUCAAAGAUAUGUUCCUCAAUUUCAAGACUUACCACCACCAUAUAUUACUCAUGCGGAAAGACUCCGUCAAGAACUACUAUCCGCUAUUGAUGAACGAACAAUUCCAGCACUUGAAGAAGCUAUUCAACAUGUUAAAGAUUAUAAUUGUAUUCAGCCGUUAAAAUACGAAUGUGAACGAGCAUUAGAAUUAUUAAAUCGUUUAAUGAAAAUCGAACAUAUGAAAAUUAAGGUACUUCGAUUGAAUCAAUCAACAAUUGCUGAAUUACAUAGUUACGCAAAACCACCAGAGGAAGUUUCAACAGUAAUGCGAGCUACCUUUUUACUUCUUGGUCAUUCCGAAAGAGAAAUACAAGAUUGGCCACAAAUUCAAAGUAUAUUAGGUCGUUUCGGAAAAGAAAGUAUUCGUCGUCGAUGUUAUGAAUUAAAUCCACUUAAUGUUCCUGUUGAGAAAGCUCGUGAAGCUAGGGAUAUAUUGAGACAUUAUGAUUUAAUACGUGUCACAGAAAUAUCUGUUGGUUUAUCGGUAUUUUAUAAUUGGACUAUGACAAUGAUUGAAGAACGAGAAAAAUUAUUAGAAUCACAACGAAGAAUUAUUCGCUAG